AACCACGAGUAUAUACAAGGUGUCUUUAGUCGCGUUCGGCAUUUGUUUCGACUAAUACAGUCUUGGUAGUUGUUUGUCCGCGUACGUAGCUUUUAUUACUAAUAACUAGAUAACGAAAAAGAUUAUAAAUAAAAUAUUGAGUGAAAUUUAAAUUAGGGUCAUUUUAAUCGUAUAUGUUAAGUAAAUUAAUUUAAAACAAGUAGUUGCGAUUCGGUUUUGCAAUACAAUAAGUUGACGUGAAUGUGAUACCAUAUAGUUGCACAGUGAUUAGGAUAUUUUGGUGAUUUUUGUUAUUCGACAUGGGUUUGAAAGACAAGAAUUUUUUAAACUUUGGAAGUAACAAUAUUAUGAAAAAUGAGGGUGAUAAGCACUCAGCACUACUAGUAGAAAGACCCGUUUACCAAAUAGAAGAAUUAAACAGAGACUACGAAUAUGAAAAACCAUAUCACACAUUAAAAACCAGAUGCAAACGAGCCUGCCAGUCAUUAGAUCCCUGUGCAUUCCUUAAAGAGACAAUACCUUUAUUAUCAUGGUUACCUGAAUAUAGCUGGAAAAAAAGUUUCUCCGGAGACAUAGUUAGUGGUAUUACUGUUGCUGUUAUGCACAUUCCUCAGGGUAUGGCAUAUGCAAUGUUAGGUAACGUACCACCUAUAAUAGGUAUAUACAUGGCAAUAUUUCCAGUUCUAGUCUAUUUUAUAUUUGGAACAUCAAGGCAUGUGUCUAUGGGUACAUUUGCAGUAGUAUGUCUCAUGACAGGAAAAGUAGUUAGUCAGUAUACGACAAUAGAAAUAAUGCAAAAUGGAACGCGGCAUUCAGUGGCACCUGAAAAUUAUGAUUCCAGUUUACCUCAGUAUACAAAUGUACAAGUAGCCAUUACGGUUACCUUCACAGUGGCUGUUAUACAGCUAGUGAUGUAUCUCUUAAGACUUGGUAUGGUUUCCCAGUUGUUGUCUGAAACGUUAGUAAAUGGAUUUACUUGCGCUUCAGCAUUUCAUGUAGUUGGAUCUCAACUUAAGGAUCUCCUUGGUCUCAAUGUGGCCAAACGAAGAGGAAACUUUGCUUUUCCGCUGACUAUAUACGAUGCAGUCCUAGCAGUUUCAUCUGCUAAUUCUAGUGCUGUAAUUGUUUCCGGAAUAGCCUGUGUUAUUUUAAUUAUUAAUAAUGAGUUACUUAAACCGUGGUUAGCAAAAAAGACAACGAUACCAUUUCCUAUCGAACUAGUGGCUGUGGUACUUGGAACAACAUCAAGCCGAUUUAUGAAGUUCGAUACUAACUACAACAUAACAACAGUUGGCUUUAUUCCUACAGGAUUACCACAACCGGCCCUUCCUGCCUUUGAACUUAUUCCUGACAUUUUCGUAGAAUCAUUUAUUAUCACGAUGGUAUCGUACACCAUCACAAUGUCAAUGGCCCUUAUAUUUGCUAGAAAACUAAUGUAUGAGGUAGAUUCAAAUCAAGAAUUAUUUGCGUUGGGUGUAAGCAACUCCGUUGGAUCGUUUUUUUCAUGCUUACCUAUUACGGCAUCAUUAUCAAGAUCGAUGAUUCAGCAAGCAGUUGGAGGUGUUACUCAAUUAGUUUCUGUAGUAUCCGCUUCUAUUCUGUUGGUGAUUGUCCUUUGGAUCGGACCAUUUUUUGAGACGUUACCGAAGUGCGUGCUGGCGAGCAUAAUAGUAGUAGCUCUCAAAGGAAUGCUAUUGCAAUGUACUUUACUUCCGAGGUAUUGGCGAUUAAGUAGAUGGGAUGCUAUAGUGUGGAUAGUUACAUUUUCAGUAACAUGUUUUGUUCAAAUAAGUUAUGGUCUAGCCGCAGGUGUAGGCGUAUCCUUAUUAAGCAUAUUUGUUCAAGGAUACAAACCUUAUACGUGCCUUUUGGGCAUUGUUCCAAAUACCGAUUUGUAUUUGGAUAUUAAGAGAUAUAAGGGGGCUAAAGAAAUAGAUGGAGUAAAGAUAUUCCAUUAUUCUGGUGGUUUAAGUUUUGCAUCAAGAAACAGCUUUAAAGAACUUCUCGUCAAGAAAACUGAAUUUGAUGCAGCGGCCGUACUUAGGAAGAGAGCCAAGUUAGCGGAUAAAGGUUUACAAGAUGAUGAAGAAUUUUUAACCAAAUGUAUAAUUUUGGAUUUCUCAAGCCUUACUUUUGUCGAUCCAGCUGGUGUUGAUUUCCUUAGAACGAUGCAGGACGAUUAUAAACGAUUAAAUAUUUAUAUGUUAAUAUCCGGAUGUUCAGGCCCAGUGUUCGAAGUGAUGCAUAAAUGUGAUGAAGUUGAAAAGAAAGAAAAGAAAUUUUUAAUAUUUCCAACUGUCCAUGACGCAGUAUUAUACACACAAGUCAACGUUUUAUCUAAAGACAAAUAAUUAGAUAUAUGUAGUUGUUUUGUACAUAAAAAUUAUUUAUUUUAAUAUUAAAGUAAAUAGAAUGUUAA